AUGCUAUUAGCUUGUUACUGCUCCUUUAGGGCUGUAGCGGUGGCGGGAUUUCUGGCCAAUUUCGUUAUGUUUGGUAUAGCAUCUGUUUGGGGAGUGCUCUCGCAAGCCUUUGCAACAUCUACUCUAGAAGGCAAAGCAAGUACAUUGGAGUUGAUGACAGUCGGAUCUCUCGUCAAUGUUUGCUUGAAUAUAUUCUCUCCAGUCAGCAUUGUACUUGUUCGCUUCGGUACACGUUUCAAUUAUGCAUUAGGAAGCGUAAUAAUGUGCCUGGCCAUUAUUUUAUCCGGGUUCGCCACGGAAGUGUGGCAUUUGUAUCUCUCACAGGGACUUCUUUACGGUUUUGGAGCUUCUUUCCUUUACAUGUCUAUAGCAUCGGUAAUCCCACAAUGGUUUACUACGCGACGAGCAACUGCUAUGGGGCUUUGUUCAAGCGGCACUGGUUUAGGCGGUUUGGCUCUUAGCCCAAUGACAAAUUACCUUCUCGAGAAAUAUGGAAUACUUUGGGCAUAUUGCAUUCUCGGAUUUUUCUCACUAGGCAUUUGUGCUGUUGGAACGAUCUUGAUAAAAGACAGAAUGCCUAGCGCGUACCGUAAACAAAUGCCUAUCAAAUCGCCAAUCGAUUGGUCAAUGUUCAAGAUGACAGAUUUAAAUGUAUGGCUGGUGGGUUCUGUAGUCGGAUUAAUGGGGUACCUUGGUCCUGUAUUCUACCUACCAAGUAAGUUCACAGAAAACGCCAUCGGCCGUAUUGCAUUGGGAUAUGUAGCAGACAAAAUCGGUCGCCUCAAUAUGUUUAUUAUUUGCUCUGCAUUAUCAAGUAUAUUCAGCUUUGUCAUCUGGCCUUUUGCUGAUUCGUUUGAGAUUCUCUUGGUCUUCUGUAUCUUAUGGGGAACGACGUGCGGAAUGUAUUACGGAUUGGCGGCACCCAUUACUGCAAGUGUUGUGGGCAUGGAGAAACUUUCAUCUGGACUAUCAAUUGUUUUCAUCGUCAGCGCAAUUGCUGCCAUGGGAACACCUAUAUCGGCAGCUAUCCAGCAGUCAACUCCGGACCAUGGCUACCUUGGAAUUCAAAUGUUCACCGGAGCAGUCUACAUUGCUGGCGCAUUAAUUUGCAUAUAUCUCAAACUUCGGUUGACAGGAGGCUCCUUAUUUAAAAAAUAUUAA